UCUCUCUCUCUAACAUCAAUGGCGGCCUCACUCACCAGCAUCUCGCGCCUCCUCGCCUCCCCGACCUCUCUCUGCCUCUCCACCACCGCCACCGCCUCUCUCCUCCCUCUGAAGACGGCAGCGCUCUCUUCCAAGCCCCCCUCUCCCAAGCUCUCCUUCGCCUCUCCCCUCCCCCUCAACCCCCGCCAAUCCUCCAAGCCUCUCAGAUUCUCCACCACCUCCAAAAUCUCCGCCACCAUCAACGUCGGCGACAAGCUUCCCGAAUCCACCUUCUCCUACCUGGACGCCGCCGGCGAUGUCCAGACCGUCACCGUCUCCGACCUCACCAAGGGGAAGAAGGCCGUCCUCUUCGCCGUCCCCGGUGCUUUCACCCCGACCUGCUCGCAGAAGCACGUCCCCGGGUUCGUGGAGAAGUCGGCGGAGCUCAAAUCGAAGGGCGUCGAUAUCAUCGCCUGCAUCUCCGUCAACGAUGCCUUCGUCCUCAAGGCGUGGAAGGAGGAUCUGAAGAUCAACGACGAGGUGCUGAUCUUGUCCGACGGGAACGGCCAUUUCACCAGAGCGAUCGGCGCCGAGCUCGAUUUGAGCGACAAGCCGGUCGGAUUGGGGGUUAGGUCGAGGAGGUAUGCGCUCUUGGCGGAGGACGGCGUCGUUAAGCUGCUGAAUUUGGAGGAAGGCGGUGCUUUCACCUUCAGCAGCGCCGAUGAUAUCCUCAAAGCGCUCUGAAUUUCUCGUCGUGAUGAGAUUUUUUCAGGUUUUUGUUCUUCUUCUUCUUCUUUUUCUUUUGUAGCUCGUUGGAUUGUUGGAUAGAAUAAACGUGUUUGGGUUGAAGUUGGUGCAAUCUAACGGAGUGACUAGUGAGAAUUUGAGAACGGAUUUUCUGA